GUUGUAACUUCGACUAUCGUCAAUUUUACUAAUCGAUACUAAUUCAAAAAUCGAUUGUUACGCGCAUGCGUGAUUAAAUACGUUAACAUGUGUUCUCCAAAUGCAUUCUGUGGUGCUUGAUCGAACAUAACCUGCAAGAGAUAUGAGUAAUUGAGAAUUGUAUUAAUUUUAUUAAUUGUUUAUAAUAAAAGAAUAAUUGUAAUAGCGUUUGGAAUGUUAAGAUAUCAAUAAAUAUAAAUAUUAAUAUUAUACAAUUAAAUAUGGGGGAGAAUACGAGAAAAUCACGCGUGAUAAUGGAUGAGAGUGGAAUAUCAAAUAUAAUUGAAUAUUCUUACGAUAAAUGGAACCUACAGGAUUUCAUGAAAAAUUUUAAAAUAGUUAUAGUAAAAGAAUCUCAAAAUGAAAGAGAAUUAGAAUUUGAUCUAAUCAAUUGCCAUUCAUCGUUUGUUAAUGCUAUACGUAGAAUACUCCUAAGUGAGGUUCCAUCUAUGGCUAUAGAUAAGGUUUUUAUAUUAAAUAAUACCAGUUUAAUUCAAGAUGAAGUAUUGGCCCACAGAUUUGGACUUAUACCUCUAAAAGCUGACCCUAGAUUAUUUGAUUAUCCGUCUACUAACGAGAAAGAUGAAAACGAAGUUAGCGAUCAGGAUACAUUAAGAUAUGAAAUUAAAGUGAGCUGUACUUGGAAUCCACAGCCACCAAAAGAUUCUAGAUUAUCAUCCGACAUGUAUAAAUAUAAUAAUGUUUACAGUAAGGAUAUCAAGUGGGUGUCGAUUGGACGUCAAGCAGAAUUAUAUCCUAGAGGUGUAGAACAAUUGGGUGUUAUAGAAGAAGAUAUUUUAAUUAGCAAAAUGAGGCCAGGGCAAGAAAUUCAUGCUUUUAUGCAUGCAGUUAAAGGUAUCGGAAAAGAUCAUGCCAAAUUCUCUCCAGUAGCCACUGCUUCAUAUAGAUUAUUACCGGAGAUUAAAAUAUUAAAACCAGUGAGAGGAGAUUUGGCUCCACUUUUUAAAAAGUGCUUCAGUCCUGGUGUCAUAGAAGUUGUCGAACACCAUAAAGAUAACCCUGAUUCAAGGGAAGCUGUUGUCAAGAAUGCACGUUAUGAUAGCUGUUCUCGCAAUGUCUUUCGUUAUGAUGAACUGAAGGAUACCGUACAACUAAGUCGAGUAUCGAAUCAUUUUAUUUUUACUAUUGAAUCUGUUGGUGCGUUAUCAUCAGCCGUAUUAUUUACAGAAGCUGUCAAAAUAUUAAAAUCCAAAUGUAGAACAUUUUUAGAUGAACUUGAAAACCCCUCAUAGUAAGUUCAAUGUCUUAUUUAUUUUAAAUAAAAAAAAACAAAUAAAUACUUUUUUUUUUUUAUAAAUAAUUUAUUGUCGUUAGAAUCCCAUACAUCGUGUAUUUUUUUUUGCAAUUAUGUGCACCCGUAACAUUUAUGAAACAUUUAUUUUAUUAUAAUAUAUUGUUUUAUUUUGAUAAAUGACAGUAAUACCAAUAAUUGCAUACCUUCUUCUUCUUUUAACUUUUAUGAAAAUAUUGAUAUGCGAAAUAUUGUAUAAAACCUUUGAGCAUUAAUAGAUAAAU